AUGUCUCCCAAAGUAGAGCAGCUCAAAGAUGAGGGCACCCGUCUCCAGGUCGUCACGGCCGGCGCCGUGGCCGGCCUGAUAUCGCGCUUCGUCAUCGCGCCCCUCGACGUCGUCAAGAUCCGCCUGCAGCUCCAAUCGCACUCCCUCUCCGACCCCCUCUCCUACGAGCACAUCCGCGGGCGCGGGCCGAUCUACAAGGGCACCAUGUCGACCUUCAGGACCAUCCUCGCGAACGAGGGGCUCACGGGCCUGUGGAAGGGCAAUGUCCCCGCCGAGCUCAUGUAUGUCAGCUACUCGGCCAUCCAAUUCACAACCUACCGCUCCACGACGCAGCUGCUGCGCAGGGCCGCGGGCAGCGAGCACGCCAUCCCGGGCGCGGCAGAGAGCUUCCUGGCCGGCGCAUCGGCUGGCGCCGCGGCGACAGCAGCCACAUACCCGCUGGACCUGCUGCGGACGCGAUUCGCGGCGCAGGGCAACGACGACCGCGUGUACACAUCGCUGCGGCGCGCCGUGGCGCAGAUCUACCGCGACGAAGGGCCCCGCGGCUUCUUCCGCGGGCUUGCGCCGGGCCUGGGCCAGAUCGUGCCGUUCAUGGGCAUGUUCUUCGCUGCGUACGAGGCGCUGCGCCCGCCGCUGGCCACCCUCGACCUGCCCUUUGGCGGGGGCGACGCCCUGGCCGGCACACUGGCCAGCGUCAUGUCCAAGACGGGGGUGUUCCCGCUCGACACGGUCAGGAAGAGGAUCCAGGUGCAGGGCCCGACGCGCGCGAGGUACGUGCACAAGAACAUCCCCGACUACAUCGGGCUCGGCACCUUGGGGACGAUGCGAUCUAUCCUGCGGACGGAGGGCAUCAGGAGUCUGUACAGGGGGCUAACUGUCAGUCUGCUCAAGGCUGCGCCGGCGAGCGCGGUCACGGUGUGGACUUAUGAGAGGGUGCUCAGUACGCUCAUAAGCCUGGAUGGUGCGAGCAAGGAGAAGAGCUUGUAA